UCAAUAAGACUAUGCAGUCAAAACAUUUCUACAGUUAACACUAGUAGGUUGUUCCCGAAAAUGCAUGCACCUUUCGGCAAAAUGUUCUUAUCGAAAUUAUUCCUGAUUACAAAUGUUGUUGUCUUGGUAACAACAACGGUACCGCAGAUUAGGAAAAUUUCUCAUGACAUAAAACGAACGCCAUCUUCAGGAAGGUUUAAGUAUGGGCGAGGAAAUAUGAUCAAUAACUGGUGUCCAGUUGCCAAACCUAAAGACUGUGGAGAGAUAGACCCAGUACAUUGUAAAAGUGGAGUUUAUACAAUCUUCCCGCCAGGACUUAAACCAUUUGAUGUUUACUGUAAACUGACCAAUCAAGGGAAAGCUUGGACGGUUAUUCAAAGACGAUUCGAUGGAAAAAUAGACUUCUAUAGAACCUGGAAAGAAUAUGAACAUGGGUUUGGUAAUCUUAAAGGUGAACACUGGCUUGGUAAUGAUAAAAUACAUAUUUUAACUUCCGGAGGUAACUUUGAGUUAAGAAUAUAUCUUGAGGAUUUUGACGGAGAAGCCAGAUAUGCUUUAUAUAGGAAGUUUUCGGUUGAUGAUGCAAAUUCAAAAUACAAACUAGCAGUUAGUGGUUAUAGUGGAAAUGCAGGGGACUGUCUUACUCGCCAUAAUGGACUGCUUUUCUCGACUCCUGACCAGGACAAUGACACCUAUAAAUCUAACUGUGCGGAUUCGAACAAGGGCGGCUAUUGGUAUUAUCAUUGUUAUCAAUCAAAUCUAAAUGGAGCCUAUUUGAAAGGUGAAACCAAAAUUAAAUAUCAAGGGAUGGUAUGGCCUUGUUGGAGAGGAUACAGCUAUUCUUUAAAAUCAACAACAUUGAUGAUACGUAGAAUAUGAAUAAAUAUUCCUAGUUCAUGACACACUGAAUAAAAAUUGUUAUUCUUUGUCAAUUUCACGAUAAGAAAAUAAAUGAAUUUACCUAAAA